UCCAUGACCUCUUUAGGAAAGCAACUGGGCCUGGAUCAGAAAGGGACUUAAGAACAACUGAUAACUAUUGAUUCUUAUGGCAGCAUAUGAAUUCCAAAGGAUCUUGUGGAAAUCUACAAUGGAAGAACAAAAGGAAGAUCAGCUAGAUUAUGAGUCAGAGAAAGUGGAAAUCUUAAGAUUGGCCCAGUCAAAGAAAAACAUUAACAGUUUGAAUAUGGACCUUGAAAGGGAUAUGCAGAGAAUAGAUGAAGCAAAUCAGGACCUUCUUGUCAAAAUCCACGAGAAAGAAGAUGAGAUUCAGAGGUUGGAAAAUGAGAUCACUCAGACCAGGGACCUGGCAGAGGAUGAGGAGUGGGAGAAGGAGAACAGCGCCACGAUGGAAAGGGAAAGAGCCUUGCAGGAGGUGGAAGAAGAAACUGCCAGACUGGAAAGGAAGAAUGAGACCCUGGUCCACAACAUAGCAGAACUUGAAAGAAAGCUUACAAGGAAAUCUCAAAAGGCAACAAAGUGUGAACAAGACAACGUAAAGGGAACCCCAGAAGAGUCAAAGGUUAAGUUACAACAACUGGAAGCCUCCUGUGCAGACCAAGAGAAGGAACUGGCCAAGGUAAUAGAAGACUAUGCAUUUGUGGCCCAGCUCUGUGAAGAUCAAGCUCUCUGCAUAAAGAAGUACCAGGAAACUUUGAAGAAAAUACAAGAAGAACUAGAAACUCGAUUCCUUGAGAGAGAAGUGUCAAAAGUUAUGUGCAUGAACUCCACAAGCAAAGAGUGUAACAGCCAAAAUAACAAGGAUAACUCUCUCCAAAAGAAGAAAGCAGGGUUCUGUAAAAGGAUUUUUCAAUAUUUCUUUUUCACCACCCUGUUUUUCAUCAGACUGCUGGGCUACUUGUUGUUCCAUAUAAGUUUUAUAAAUCCAGAUCUCUUUGUCAACAUACUGCCCAAGAUACUGAGCAGGAACAUCUUGUGGAAGCUAAGAUGUUUCCUCUUCCCAUCUCUCACACUUGAGACAGAGGACAUGUUACCCCACUGA